AUGGCUUCGUCGAGGGACAAGGAACAAGCGCCGCAGCAUCACCACCAGCCUCUGUUGAGCAGCCUCGUCGUCCGCCCCUCCCACACAGAGGUCGCCGCCGGUGGUCGCGCAGGCGAUUUCGAGCCCGGUGAACUCCACCGCGAUCCUCCUCCCUACUCUCGCUCCGACCGAUAUCCCGACGAACCUGGAUAUAGAAUUCGUGCAGGUUCCUCAUCUCCAGUUCACCGAAGAGAUGCAGAUCACCGUUUUGGUUCUGAUUAUAAUAGCCUAUCACGAAACCGAGGAUAUGCUGGUGGGAGGGAUCCAGGUAGAUAUCGAGACCCUUCACCUCCGUAUGGUCGAGGUAGAGUAGGUGGCAGGCCAAUGGGUAGAUCUUUUGAUGGCCAUGGCUUUGUUUCUGGAUUUGCUAGAGGGGAAGGCAACAGUAGAAAUAAUCCCAAUGUGCGUCCUAGAGAGGGUGACUGGUUUUGUCCUGAUCCCUUGUGUGGUAAUCUUAACUUUGCAAGGCGUGACCAUUGUAACAGCUGUAACAGGUCUCGCAAUGCACCUGCUAGAAGUCCUCGAAGGGCUUAUCCUGCACCUCCACCACUUCAUGCUCCUCCUAGACGCUUUCCUGGACCUCCCAUUGACCGCUCUCCCGAAAGAACUUUGAAUGGCUAUAGAUCUCCUCCUCGUGGGUUGGCAAGGGAUGGCCCUAGAGAGUACGGAUCUGUUGCACUGCCACCCCUCAGGCAUGAAAACAGGUUUCCAGAUCCCCAUGUCCGUAGAGAGAGAAUGGAUUACAUAGAAGAUGCGUACAGGGGGAGAAACAAGUUUGAGAGACCGCCCCCGCCAGACUGGGAUAACAGAGACCGUGGAAGAGAUGGCUUUUCUGAUGAAAGGAAAGGAUUUGAAAGGAGGCCACUGUCACCCCCUGCACCUCUUUUGCCUUCCCUUCCUCACCAUCGUAAUGGUCGGUGGGCUCGUGAUGUGAGAGAGAGAAGCCGCUCUCCAAUAAGAGGUGGCCUACCACCAAAAGACUAUCGCCGGGAUACGUUCAUGAACCGUGGAAGAGAUGAUAGGCGUGGUAUGGGUCGAGAUAGAAUUGGAGGAAUAUAUUAG